CUGCAGGGUGUGAACAAGAUAAACAAAGGACUGGCUCUGCAGGGAAGAGAAACUGUGACUCAGGUCCUGUCUUUCCUAUUCUCCGAGCUCACCAGGCUUUUGAAAAGCAUCUCUGCCAAUCUCUGGCCACAGGCAUUCACCGCCAUGAGCCGGCCUCCCCUGCAAAUCCAGACGUGUGGCCCCUGGGAGAUGAAAGAGAGGCUUGGGACAGGGGGAUUUGGAAAUGUCCUCAGGUGGCACAACAAGGAAACGGGGGAACAGAUUGCUAUUAAACAGUGUCGUCAGGAGCUAAGUCUCCGAAAUCGGGAGAGAUGGUGUCUGGAAAUACAGAUAAUGAAAAGACUGAAUCAUCCCAAUGUGGUGGCUGCCCGCGAAGUCCCUGAAGGGAUGCAGAACCUUGCACCCACUGACUUGCCUCUGUUGGCCAUGGAAUACUGCCAGGGUGGAGACCUUCGCAAGUACUUGAACCAGUUUGAGAACUGCUGUGGCUUACGGGAGGGAGCCAUUCUCAUCCUGCUCUCUGAUAUCGCCUCUGCUCUCAGGUACCUUCAUGAGAACAGGAUCAUCCACAGAGACCUGAAACCUGAGAACAUUGUCCUACAGCAAGGAGAACAAAGGUUAAUACACAAGAUCAUUGACCUGGGGUAUGCUAAGGAGCUGGAUCAGGGCAGUCUGUGCACUUCCUUCGUUGGGACACUGCAGUACUUGGCUCCAGAGCUGCUGGAACAGCAGAAGUACACAGUGACGGUGGAUUACUGGAGCUUUGGCACACUGGCAUUUGAAUGCAUAACAGGUUUCAGACCAUUUCUGCCCAACUGGCAGCCUGUGCAAUGGCACACAAAAGUGCGACAGAAGAGCGAGUUGGAUAUUGUUGUCUAUGAAGACUUGGCUGGAGAAGUGAAAUUUUCUAGCAGUUUACCAUAUCCCAAUAAUCUAAACAGCAUUUUGGCUGGGCGGCUGGAGAAAUGGCUGCAGCUCAUGUUAAUGUGGCACCCGCGGCAGAGAGGGACAGACCCUGUUUAUGGACCCAAUGGCUGUUUCAAGGCAUUGGAUGAUAUCCUGAACCUAAAGCUGGUUCGCGUCCUAAACAUGGUUACGGGCACUCUGCACAUGUACCCUGUGACAGAAGAGGAAACCUUGCAGACUGUGAAGGCCAGGAUUCAGUCAGAUACUGGUAUUCCGGAGCAGGAGCAGGAGCUCUUGCAGGAGGCGGGGCUUGCACUAUACCCUCAAAAAUUGGCUAUUCAGUGUAUGGCUGACAGCAAGGUGAAUGACGCCACGGACACAGACCUCCUUUUCCUUUUUGACAACCGUAAAGUUGCCUAUGAAAGGCAGAUCUUCCUGCGGCCUCAUCCAGAAAGUGUUGACUGCAUCCUUCAGGAUCCAAAGAAGAAUCUGUCCUUCUUCCAGCUACGGAAGGUGUGGGGUCAGGUCUGGCACACGAUUCGGACUCUGAAGGAGGAUUGUAACCUGCUUCAGCAGGGGCAGCGAGCAGCCAUGAUGAAUCUGCUGCGUUACAAUAGCAAUCUCUCCAAGAUGAAGAAUUCCAUGGCCUCCUUGUCCCAACAGCUGAAGGCAAAGCUGGAUUUCUUUAAAACCAGCAUCCAGAUUGACCUGGAGAAGUACAGUGAGCAGACAGAGUUUGGAAUCACCUCUGAGAAGCUGCUGUUUGCCUGGAGGGAUAUGGAGCAGGCUGUGGAGCUUUGCGGGCGGGAGGAAGAUGUGGAUCAGCUGGUGAAGAGGAUGAUGGCCCUGCAGGCAGACAUUGUGGACCUGCAGAGAAGCCCACUAGGGCGGAAGCAAGGGGGCACCCUGGAGGAUUUGGAAGAACAAGCCAGAGAACUUUACCGGCGACUGAGGGAGAAGCCAAGAGACCAGAGGACCAGUGGUGACAGUCAGGAAAUAGUGCGACUGCUCCUGCAGGCAAUCCAGACAUUUGAAAAGACAGUCCGUCUAAUUUAUGCUCAGCUCAGUAAGACAGUAAUUUGCAAGCAGAAGGCACUGGAAUUGUUCCCCAGAGUGGAGGAAGUGAUGAACCUGAUGAAUGAAGAUGAGAACACAGUCGUCAGGCUUCAGGAAAAACGACAGAAAGAAUUAUGGAACCUGCUGAAAAUUGCUUGUAGUAAGGUGCGUGGUCCUGUCAGUGGCAGCCCAGAGAGUAUGAAUGCAUCACGGCUUAGUAACCCAGGUCAGCUGCUGUCGCAAGUCCCAGCUGUAACUUACAAUUUACCAGAAUCUAUCAAGAAAAGUGAGGGACUAUUGAUGGAAUCUCAAAAUCUCUGCAGCCAGUUAGAAAGUGUGAUGCAUGACACAAUGAAGGAUCAGGACCACAGCUUUAUGUCUCUGGAUUGGAGCUGGUUGCAGCUUGAAGGGGAAGACAGAAAUAACCCAGAACAAACCCAGAUGUAAAAAUCAUAUCAGGCACAGCUCAAGCCAGAUAACUUUUUAUAUGAGGCCUUUAAGCCUGACAGGAAAAUAAAAUCCCUUGCAUUCUAUUUAUACUGCCAUCUAGUGGUUACACUGACACGUAUUCCUAUUUUUAAGGAAAGCUGGCAGCCUAAUUUUAACAAACAGUAAUCAGUAAUCAAAAUUUUGUCUCUCCCCCACAAACAUACAGCAUGGGGGUAUGAAAUUGAUGAGAAAUGUCUUACUCACCCUAUACAACAGCAGCUGAAGAAUGCACCUGCUGUGCUACCUUUCCCUUUCUGGAAAUCAAACUCCUUGCUGAAUUGUAGACAGUGUGUCUACACGUAAUCUUAUCUGAAUGCCUUUUCCUGACAUUUAUGAAAAAGUACUGAAUUUAUGGAUUUGGCUAACCAUGUUGGGUUGCACUUUUCCUCAAGUGUAAUGUCUGUACUUACCUAAUACUUGUUUCCUGUAUGGGAACGAACUACCUGAACUAUGUAAACUUUUGGUUUGCUUUAUUUGAAUGUUAAAUAAAAUUUUAAAGAUUUUUCACUGUA